AUGCCCGUCAAAGAUCCCAGCAGUUUCGCAAACACCUCUGACAUUGUCACCACUCACCUUCAUUUGAACUGGACUAUCUCCUUUGAAGAACGCAAGAUUGCUGGCAAUGUCGUCUUGGACUUGGUCGCGCUUAAGGACAAUGUUGACAAGGUCGUGCUUGAUACCAGCUAUCUUGAUAUUCGUGCUGUCUACGUCAACGAUGCUGAAGCCAAGUAUGAGAUUGCCGACCGCCACGCUGCCCUUCGCUCUGCUUUGACCAUUCAUUUGGCACAACCCGUUGCUGAAGGCACCAAGCUCAAGGUCAAGGUUGAUUAUUCCACCACUGAUAAAUGCACUGCUGUUCAAUACUUGGAACCAGAACAAACCCUUGGCAAGAAGCAUCCCUACCUCUUUUCCCAAUGCCAAGCUAUCCACGCACGUUCCUUUGCUCCUUGCCAAGAUACUCCCGGCGUCAAGAUCACUUAUUCAGCUGAUGUUACCUCGCCUUUACGCGUCUUGAUGAGCGCAUUGCAUACAGGUCAUGAGGAUGCAGGCAAUGGUCUUACCACCUAUCACUUUCAACAAAAGACGACUAUGCCCAGUUACUUGAUUGCUAUUGCUGCCGGUAACCUUGUGGGUAAGGAAAUUGGUCCCCGUAGCACAGUAUGGUGCGAGCCUGAAAUGGUGGAUGCUGCUGCUUGGGAAUUCGAGGAUACUGAAAAGUUUAUUGCUACCGGUGAAAAAUUGUUGACGCCUUAUGAAUGGGGCCGCUACGACUUGUUGGUGCUUCCCCCAUCCUUCCCCUACGGCGGAAUGGAGAAUCCUUGCUUGACGUUCGUUACACCAACUUUGGUCAAUGGUGAUCGCAGUGCUGUCGAUGUCGUCGCACACGAAAUUUCUCACAGCUGGAUGGGUAACUUGGUCACUACUGCCAACUGGGAACACUUUUGGUUGAACGAAGGUUGGACUGUUUUCACUGAACGUAAGAUCUUGCGUUAUUUGCAUGGUGAACUUGAGCGUCAAUUCAGCUCCAUCAUUGGCUGGAAGGCAUUGAAGGAAAGCGUAAAGCUCUUCGGUCCCGAUUCACCUGCCACCAUUCUCAAGCCUGAUCUCAGCAGCGGUAUUGAUCCUGAUGACUAUUUCAGCUCUAUUCCUUAUGAGAAGGGCUUCAACCUCUUGUAUCACAUUGAGAAGACUGUUGGUGGUCCCGAUGUCUUUGAACCUUAUAUGAAGUCCCAUGUUGAGCGUUUCGCUUCCAAGUCGAUUACCACUGAAGAAUGGAAGGCACAUUUAUUUGAGUAUAUGGAGAAGAACCAUGGCCAAGAAGUUGUGGACAAGCUCAAGACGAUCGACUUUGAUCUCUGGAUCAAUGGCAAGGGAAUGCCACCAGUGUAUCCUCAAUUUGAUACUACCCUCGCUGAUCAGUGUUAUGCUCUUGCUAAGCGUUGGGAUGAAGCACGUAACUCGGAUGAUUUGUCUGGCUUUGCACCCAGUGAUGUGGAAAAGUUCACUGCUACUCAAAAGCUUGUCUUCCUUGAACGUCUCACCGAUUGUGAACCCUUCCCUCAUCAUUUAUUGGCCAAGAUGGAUGAAUUAUACAAGAUGACAGCCAUUCGCAACAGUGAUGUGCGCUUCAGAUGGCAACAAUUGUGUGUGCUUGCUAGCUAUAAGCCUAUCUAUCCUCACGUGGUGGCAUUCAUCACUGAGCAAGGACGCAUGAAAUUUGUCAGACCUCUUUAUCGUCUCUUGUACAAGGCUCAAGAUGGCGCUGAACUUGCCAGAGAGACUUUUAUCAAGCACAAGGCAUUCUAUCAUCCUAUUGCUGCAUCAUUGAUUGAGAAGGAUAUUGGUUUGAAGCAAUAA